AUGGCCACUCUACCUUUCAUGUCUUUUGUUGUCAUGUUACUAUUGUUUUCCACCCAAAUUUCAUCUGAUACAGAUAUCAUAACUCAGUUUCAUUCUCUUCAUGAUGGAACCACCAACACAUUGGUUAAUGGAACAUUUGAGUUGGGUUUCUUUAGUCCAGGUAGUUCCACAAAUCGCUAUGUAGGAAUAUGGUUCAAGAAUAUCCCAAUAAAAACGGUUGUUUGGGUAGCCAAUCGUGACCAUCCAAUUAGUGACAAAUCCGGCAUAUUGAGCAUAAACAAAGAAGGAAACCUUGUCCUUUUCAGCAAAAAUGGCACAACUCAUUGGUCAACAAAUAUAACAACCAAAUCCUCAACCUCAAGCUUCAUAGCACGGCUCUUAGGUACCGGCAACUUGGUCCUAAAUGAUGAGAAAGAAAAUAACGGUUAUGAUGUGUACUUGUGGCAGAGCUUUGACUAUCCUACUGAUACAUUUCUUCCAGGAAUGAAGGUUGGGUGGAACCUAACAAGCGGUCUUAAUAGGCGCCUAACAGCUUGGAACAAUUGGGACGACCCUUCUUCAGGUCAAAUUACUUAUGGCUUGAUAAGAAGUGACAUUCCUGAAACAAAGAUACAAAACGGUUCGUUAGUUUUAUAUAGAAGUGGACCUUAUAAUGGCCUUCGUUUCGGUGCUACACAAAAAUUGAAACAUGUUCCAUUAUUCAUUCUCAAUUUUUUCUACAAAAAAGAUGAGUAUUAUUUCACUUACCAACCCAGGAAUCAGUCAAUACUUUCAAGAUUUGUCAUCAACCAAACUGUUUCUGCUCUUCAGGUCUUAAAGUGGACAGAAGGGAAACAAAGAUGGAUGCUUCAUUCAAAUAUUCCGAGAGACGAAUGUGAUAACUACAACCGUUGUAGUUCGUUUGGGAUCUGUGGCAUGAUGGGUAAGUCCUCCACAUGUGAGUGCUUAAGUGGAUUCACUCCAAAAUCGCCUCAAAAUUGGAAAGUGAAGGACCGGAGUGAAGGAUGCGUGCGGAGUGAAAAUUGGAGCUGUAGAGAGAAAAAUAAAGAUGGGUUCAUCAAAUUUCAAAAUAUGAAGGUCCCAAACACUAAGAUAUCUUGGAUAAAUAGAAGUAUGACACUUGAGAAAUGUAAGACCAAAUGUUGGGAGAAUUGUUCCUGUACAGCUUAUGCUAACUCAAACAUCAUUGAGGAUGGAAGUGGUUGCAUCCUCUGGUUUAGUGAUCUCUUGGACUUGAGACAAUUACCCGAUUCGGGGCAAGAUCUUUAUGUUAGAUCCCAUACCUCGGAAAUAGCAAACAGAGAUGGUUCAAGGAAAAUGGUAGCCGUGGUCACAAGUACCACUUCAUUAAUUAUUGUGAUGCUUUUGCUAUUUACCAUACUUUUUUGUUGGAGGAGAAAAGUUAAAUCUAAAUCUAGAGAGGAAAUAGGAAUCAUGAAGACAACAAUAAAGAAAAGCGAAGGUGAACAAGAAGACAUGGAGCUACCUUCCUUUGACUUUGGUAGAAUAGCAUUUGCCACUAACGACUUCUCAAAAAAUAACAAGCUUGGCGAAGGUGGUUUUGGUCCAGUGUAUAGGGGAACAUUACCAGAUGGACAAGAUAUCGCAGUUAAAAGGCUUUCACAUAGCUCCAAACAAGGAACAAAAGAAUUUAAGAAUGAGGUUAUAUUUUGUUCCAAACUCCAACAUCGAAACCUAGUUAAGGUCCUUGGCUUUUGCAUUGAAGAAGAAGAGAAACUACUCAUCUAUGAAUAUAUGCCCAACAAAAGCUUAGACUUCUUUCUUUUUGAUUCUUCUCGAAGUAAAUUUUUAGACUGGUCUAAGCGGUUUGACAUUAUCGGUGGUAUUGCUAGAGGAAUUCUUUACCUUCACCAGGACUCUAGACUAAGGGUCAUACAUAGAGAUUUAAAAGCAGGUAAUAUUUUAUUAGACAAUGAUAUGAGUCCCAAAAUUGCUGAUUUUGGCCUGGCUCGAAUGUGCGGAGGUGACCAGAUUCAAGGAAACACAGAUAUAGUUGUUGGUACAUAUGGUUAUAUGGCACCCGAGUAUGCAAUUGAUGGGAUAUUCUCCAUCAAAUCAGAUGUAUAUAGCUUUGGAAUUUUAUUAUUAGAGAUUAUAAGCGGAAAGAAAAAUAAAGGACUUUCCUAUUCAAAUCACAACUACAAUCUUGUUUCACAUGCAUGGAGAUUGUGGAAAGAGUGCAUCCCAAUGGAAUUCAUGGAUACUUGUUUGGAGGAGGGUUCAUAUAUCUCAUCUGAAGUCUUGAGAUGCAUUCAUAUUGGUCUUUUAUGUGUGCAACACCAUCCUAAUGAUAGACCAACUAUGACAUCUGUGCUUGUAAUGCUAACUAGCGAAAAUACUUUACCACACCCGAAAGAGCCUAUCUUCCUAAUUGAAAAGGUUUCAGAUGGGAAAGAAUCUACUUCUGGACAUGAAAUGUACAAUUUAACAAAUGAAGAAUCUAGGUCAAUAUUGGAACCUAGAUAGGGAAGAUGUUUUAGUUUUUGCGAUGGGUGUUGGUCAUUAAGAGUUGGGAUGUGUUCUUUUGCUAAAUAUAUGAAUAUUUUAUGUUA